CCUCCUCCCCCACGGCACAGACUCUGCUCAGCUCUUUAGCCGGCGAAAGAUUUCUCGGAGAGCGGCUGCCAUUUGGCGCAGAAUUGAGCCACAUCCAAGAUCAAAGCGCGACAAUUUAUUUAUAUAUUCUCGUAUUUGUUCAUUUUACUUGACACACUUUACCGUUAAACAUUCACGAUGAGCUCAAUCAACGUUAAGAAGCUGAAAGUCAACGAGCUGAAGGACGAGCUGAAAAAGCGAAAUCUCUCGGACAAGGGGCUGAAGGCCGAGCUGAUGGACCGCCUGCAGGCUGCACUGGACGAGGAGGUAUUUGCCGGUGACUCCCCGCUGGGGCAAGAAGAAUCGGCAACGGACGAGGGUUUCGACCAGGCCGCCGAACAGGAGUGCAUGGGCGAGGAAGAAGAGGGCGAGGGCCCGGUAGAAGAAAGCAUGGAGGCCAACGAAGAAGAAGAAGACGAAGAGGAGGAGGAGGUAGAAGAGGCGGCGGCAGCGGUGGCGGCGACAACGACGACGACGACGGUGGAGGACGAGAACGAGGGCGACGGCGAUCGCGUCGCCGAGGACGAAGAAAUGGGUGAAGGGGAGGAGGACGGUGAUGAAGACGACGACAUGGACCCCAUGCUUAAAGCAGAUGUGGACGACAUGGAGAAAAUAGAUACAGAGGAUGGUGAGCCCGGGGACCAGGCUGCUGAGGGGGAUGCGGACAAAGACACGAAUGCUGAUCAGAAGAAUAAGAAGGGUGUUAAGAGACGCCGGGAGGAACAUGGAAGGGGCUACUUUGAAUUUAUUGAAGAGAACAAAUACAGCUGGGCCUCAUUUAAGUCUCCUGUGCCACCUCUGGAGGAGGAAGAUGAAGAGUUUGAUGACACAAAAGUCUGUCUGGAUACCUACAACUGCGACCUGCACUUUAAGGUGUCAAGGGACCGCUACAGUGCUUCCUCUCUCACAAUGGAGAGUUUCGCUUACCUGUGGUCCGGAGGCAAGGCCACCUAUGGUGUUAACCAGGGCAAAGCCUGUUUUGAGAUGAAGAUAACAGAGAAAAUUCCUGUGAAGCACAUUUCCAGCAAGAACAUGGAGAUCCAUGAUGUGCAGGUUGGCUGGUCCUUGUCUACUGGCAGUCUGCUCUUGGGUGAAGAGCAACAUUCUUACGCCUACUCUGGGAAAGGAAAGAAGACGGUCAACUGUGUGACAGAGGACUUUGGGGAGACUUAUGAGGAGAACGAUGUCAUCUGCUGUCUUAUUGACUUUGAGGGCGAAGAGGUUGUGAUGUCCUUCUCCAAGAACGGCGCGGACCCUCAGGUCGCCUUCCAGGUCAACAAGGACACUUUGAACGGCCAGGCCCUUUUCCCCCACGUCAUCUGCCACAACUGUGCCGUGGAGUUCAACUUUGGUCAGAUGGAGACUCCGUAUUUCCCUCAGCCUCAGGACUACACCUUCCUGCAGCAGGUCCCCGUUGAUGAGCGUGUCCGGGGCCUCAAAGGGCCACAGACCAAGGCGGACUGUGAGAUCAUCGUGAUGGUGGGUCUUCCAGGCUCAGGGAAGACAACAUGGGUGAAGAACCACAUCCAGGAGAACCCUGGGAAAUACUACAUCCUGAGCAGUGACACGAUUGUGGACAAGAUGAUGAUCAACAGCCUGAAGCGGCAGUCAAAGGACAUUACAAAACUGACCGGCAUUUCCCAGCGAGCACCACUUUUCUUGGGCAAGUUCAUCGAGAUUGCCGCCCGCAAGAAGAGAAACUACAUCCUGGAUCAUACUAACCUGUCUGCCCCGGGACAGAAGAGGAAGAUGUGUCUGUUUGCAGGCUUCCAGCGUAAGGCUGUGGUGGUGUGUCCAUCUGAGGACGACCAGAAGGAGAGAGUCCAGAAGAAGGUGGAGAACGAUGGCAAAGAAGUGCCCGAGCAUGCGGUCCUCAAAAUGAAAGGUUUCUAUUCUCUGCCUGAGGAGGGAGAAAGCUUUAACGAGGUCCUUUACGCUGAGCUGCAGAAGGAGGACGCCGCCAAGCUGCUGGAGCAGUACAAAGAGGAGAGCAAGACCGCUCUGCCCGCUGAAAAGAAACCCAACCAGGGAAGCACAACGCCAAAAAGAGGAGGAGGUGGUGGUGGUGGUGCCGGCGGUGGCGGCGGCCAGCGCACUGGUGGCCGGGGAGGCAAGAACCAGUUUGGUCGUGGUGGACCCGGACAGAGAGGUGGUGGCCGUGGGGGCUUCCCUAACAGAGGAGGCUUCAGAGGAAUUCCUGGUCCUCGUGGCGGUUUCAACCGUCCACCUCGUGGCUUCCUGCCUCCCCCGGCCUUCAGAGGAUUCCCGAGCCGUGGAAACUUCAACCGGGGCGGCCCCAUCCCCAGCCUGGGCGGAUCCCCCCGAGGUGGCCCAAUGAGGGGUAACAUGGGGGGGCCCAGAGGAGGACCCAUGAACAGGGGUGGCCCCAUGCACAGAGGGAACAUGAACAGGGGAGGCGGAGGCAACAUGAGCCGCGGUGGAAACAGAGGUCAUCCCGGCCAGUUUCAGCAGAGAGGUGGUAACCGUGGCAACUACGGCAACAAGAACGGCAACUAUGGAAACAACAGGAACAGCGGAAACUUUGGCGGUAACAGGAACGGCAUGGACAAGGCCCAGGCCUUCAACCAGAGCUGGCAGCAGGGGUUCUGGAACCAGAAGCCGUGGAGCCAGCAGUAUCAGCCUGGAUAUUACUAAAACACUUGUUGUAAAGGGACUGGUGGCCGACACGGAGACCCACCUCUUGCCACGGAACAUCCCUCCACUCAACUGUCUGACUUAUAUUUUUACCAUUACUGAAUUUGUCUCUUCUUCUUUUUUUUUCCCAAAACCCCAAAUUUAUUAAUCGAAAAUCAUGACUGAAGAGAAAUGGAGCAACAACAUUCCACAUCAGAGAGGAGAGCAGGCAGCCAGGAGCGUAAUUAACGUCCGAUGUGGGUUCAGUCUCUCAUUCAGCCUUUUCUUCCCCCCUCCUGUUGUAUAUUUCAUUCAUAUUCUCACCACUUUUAAAUGACAUGCUUUUAAAAAGAGAAAUCUGUUUGUAAUAUCAGGAACCACAAACAUUUUGCAUACCCAGCAAGUGUUUAAGCAACUUUUUUUGUUUUUCAGGGUUGUGCAUUUUAUCUGUGCUGUGAUUUUUAUUUUUAUUUCUCGCUUUUUUUUUAUGACGAAUUGUAAAUAUUUUUUUUUGUUUUCAUAGUUUGUAUGAGAAAUUUAAGAGAACGGUAUUGAUUAAAAAUUCACCUUAGCUUCUCUGAAGCAUGGUAGCUGAUUGAAUUGUUAGACUGUCCAUGUCCACUGUUAAACUGAAGAAGCAGCAGGUCAUUAUUAUUUUUUUGUCUUUUGUUCCCACUAUCAAACCUGUAACCUUAACUCCAUAGACCUACAAUAAACAACUGGUUGGCUUUUUUACAUUCA